AUGGCGGACGACCUAGAUGCCGAACUGCUCGCUCUUGCGGGCGACUCCGAUGAAGAGUCCUCCCCUCCUUCCAAGCAGAAGCCUACUUCUCCUUCUGCCUCUCCCGACCCUCACUCUCCCGAACCAUCUUCCGCCACCAUGGGUCGCAAAGGUACUGCCAAACCCGUCCGUCGGGGUCGCAAGGUUCGCAGAGCUCCUGAAGAAGAUGGAGAAUUAUCUGCCGCCGAAUCGCAUCACUCUCUCGACUCCGCGAGUAUGUCGGAAUCAGAAGCUGCGUCAGACUCGGAAGGCUCCGCGCAUGGUGAAGAUGAAGGCCCUAUAUUUCCCUAUGACAAGCUCUACUACUCCGCCAAAGAUAAAGAGGAGAUUAUGGCGAUGCCCGAAAUCCAGCGAGAACAGAUUCUCUCCGAGCGCGCGCAGGAGGUCGAUCGCCACAACCAAGAUCUCGCCCUUCGCCGUCUGUUAGCAUCCCGCGAGCGCGAAGAAGCCCGUCAAGCGAAGAAGAACAAGCGCAAGGCGAGCAUGGCCAACCUUGAGGACGGCAACCGCAAGAGCUCCCGCCAAAAGACAACGUUAGGCGGUCGCAAGGUGGGCGAAACCUCCGAUGCGAUCGAGGCCUACAAGCGACAACGUGAACAGAAGGGUAAACGUGACGAGCUGCGUCGCCGCGAACCAGCCGUCAAGGAGAAGUCGCGCACCCGGGACGAGCUUUCUGAUGAAGAUGCGGAAGGCGAGAGCGACGCGGAGUGGGACGAGGGCGAACGGUCCCCGUCGCCACCCAAGGACGAUCCUCCGGCGGAACUGCGUGACAUCCAACGUGCCCGUGUGGGUCGCAGUAACUUCGCGCAGGUUUGUUUCUACCCUGGGUUCGAUGAGGCCAUCUCGGGCUGUUACGCCCGGGUUAACAUCGGCCCCAACCGAGAUACGGGCCAGAACGAGUAUCGACUGUGUCUGAUCAAGAAAUUUACUGAGGGGCGACCGUAUUCGAUGGAGGGUCCUAACGGUCGAUCGUUCGUCACGAACCAGUAUGCCGUCCUUGCUCAUGGCAAGGCUGAGCGCGAGUUUCCCUUCAUCGCUUGCUCCGACUCCCCGUUCACGGAGGCGGAGUUCAACCGAUACCGCCAAACCAUGGCCGUGGAAGACUGCAAAAUAGCCACCAAAUCCGUCCUCGCUGAAAAAGUGGCCGACAUCAACCGACUAUUGAACCACAAGUUCACCAAGGAGGAGCUCAAUGAGAAGCUGCGCAAACAAGGCUCUUUUGAUACAAAGGCUAUGUUCUUCAAGCGCGUGGAACUCGAACGGCAGAUCAAGUUGGCCAAGGCUGCCGGCGAAGACGCAGAAGUUGAAAAGCUGGAGGAGGAACUGCGAAGCUUGUCCACACCGAAGCUCGCGUUCAGUUCAGGCUCCUCCAAGCCACGGCCAUCGCAGACUUCCGAACAUGAGCGUCUCCUCGAAUUGAACCUUCGCAACCAGAAGCUGAACUACGAAAACGUCCGUCGUGCCCAGUUGGAAGAACGCCGAGCGGGCCGCAAGGCGGCGGCGGCUGUUGCCCGUGGAGAAGCUGCUGCGAAUCCAUUCCUGCGGGUGAGGACGCACGCGCGGACUCACUACGAUGCCAACGGGAACAGCCUGACGCCCAAGUCGGAAGAUACUGGUGCAAGCCGAGAUGGCACCCCUGGCACCGGACCCAACACUCCUCAGCGCAGCAAUACCCCCUCCAGCUCGCAAAAGAAGACCAAAAGUGGCGCAGUCUCCAUCCGGCAUCGCAACAUGGACGAUGAGAAUAUUGCUGCGUUGGAUCUGGAUCUCGACAUUGAGAUCUAG